UUCGGUUUAAAUUAGGUCAGUUUUAAAUAAAAUUAGCACAAGUGGUUUACAUUAUUUACUACGAAAGGUUUAAGAUAUUUUAGGGUCAAAUAUUUAAGUGGAAGGUCAAGUGUUUUUGGUCAAUAUUGAACUUGAAUCUGUUUACUUUAUUUCGAUAAGAAACAUGGCGAUUUAGAUACGUUUUACAUGAGAUUUGGAGAGGAGAAGAUGAACAUGGCUGAUGUAAUGUUUGUGACAGUGUUACUUCUGUUUUCCGCAAUUUAUUUUGUUCAAGGAUUUGACCUUCCACCUCCAAGGUUUAGGGAGAAACCAAAAUGGCCGGACAGAAGUUACUAUGAUGAAGAUGGGCCCCCAAUAGAAUUGGAGUGUAAAGUCACGAAUACAAGUCAUACACUAUCUUGGUACAAAGAUGGUCAGCUUGUUGAUGUAGUCAAAGAUCAAUUGCUGCUCGUAGAUCAAAAUCAAACAUUGGUAUUUGAAGAUCCGAAACAGUUUCAGUCUGGGAUAUAUAAAUGCCUUGCCUACAACCGUGCAGGAAAUGUCAGUCACUCAGGGAACAUUCUGAUAACAGCAAGGAAACAGGAAACCAGACCAAGAAUUGUACAAACACAACCAGUCAACACAGUGAAGCAUGCAGAAGUUGGGGACACAGUCAACAUCAGUUGUACAUUUGAUGUAGGAGGAUCUGUAGAAGCACUGAUGGAUUUGGCCGUGGAGUGGUUUAAAGGCCCGGAGUCAGUGAAUGACACAAACCACACAACAUAUGGUCUGAACAACACCUUCCAAAACAACAAAGUGUCGUCACUGAACAUAGACAAACUUCAGACAUCUGAUUAUGGAACAUACAAAUGUUAUGGUGAAAAUUCUAAAGGAAAUGCUUCCAAGCUGAUCUCAGUAAUUCCACCAGAACGGAAGCAAAAGCAUUUACCUUUGACCUUGAUAAUUGGUUGCAGUGCAGCUGGGUUUGUUGCUAUGGCAACUGUUGUCGUGGUGAUUGUUGUAAGACAUAGAUACAAAAUGAAACAGAAAUAUGAGGACCUAGAAUGGCUGGAUCCAGAUUUCAGCCAGUAUGAAGUUCCUGAUAGGAAGGUAGAAUAUGAUGUGUUUAUUUCAUACAGUAGUGAAGACUUGAACUGGGCAAAGGACGUAUUAUUCUACAAAUUGAGUGACCAAGGCUACGAAGUCUGCAUAGACUUUAAAGAUUUUACACCAGGUAUGGCUAUAGCCGAAAAUAUUAUGGAUGCAAUUUACAGAAGUCAUAAAACCAUAGUGCUGAUGUCAAAAAAUUUCCUGAAGUCUAUGUGGGGCCAGUUUGAAUUGCAACAGGCCCACAACAGAGCUAUUAUGCAGCGGUCUGAUGCCUUGAUCCUGAUUAAACACGACACCUGCAAAGUUCCUGGAAAGUUGAUGGGCAAAACAUUCCUGGACUGGUCUGAUGACAAAGUUCAACCUCAUUUCUGGACACGCUUGUUUGAGGCUAUAGGGGAACCAGGGAAAUUUACUCACACGGGUGAUGGAAACCAAGACACUGAUGAUAUAAGUAGAAAAUUGUCUGAGACUACAGGGGAACAAGAAAGGUUUAAUGAUACAAGUGGUGAAAGCAGGGAACCAGAGGAUAAAAACAGAAAAAUGUGUGAUGAAAAUUCUGAGGAUGAGCAUAUUGCUCAUACAAAGAUAAAGAACAUGAAAAAUGAAGAAACAGAAAACGCUCAGAAUUUAGAGAAAGAUAAAACACAAUCAGGUGAACAAGAGAAUGAAAAUGUUGAUAACUUUCAGGAUUUUAAGGCGGUGAAUUUGAGAGCUGAUGAAACUGGUGUUCUUGAUGAAGUAUUUGGAGAUGGUGUGAAAAAUUAUGAGGAAUUUAACUCUGAUACUGUAAAGAUUAUAGACAAUUGUUUUUGAACAUCUGAAGUGAUUAUCAUCAACAGUGUUACUGAAAACAGCAUUAAUGCUACUGAUGAUGAUGAUGAUGAUGAUGAUGCUUAUAUUAAUAAAAAAUUAAGCAAACUAUUAUUUCAUGAACAUUGCCACUUGAUAUUAGUUUUUCAGAUUAUUUCAGUCACUUUAAAACUUUGCUCAUUGAAAUGCUUUCACUCAGUAACCAGCCUGAAAUUUUAGGGCAGCUCAUGUGAAGGGCAAAGAACAAUGUACCCUGAAAAUGGCAAAUAACAGCUUACUGUGAAAAGGGCAGAAACAGCUUACUCCAAAGGGAAAAUACCGCGAAGGGAAAAAAAACUUAUUGUGAAAAGCAAAGAUCAAUUUACCCUGAAAAGGGCAAAAACUUAUUCCAAAGGGGAAAGAACCAUGAUGAGCAGUGAGAGGACAAGAAAUCAUUGGUUGUGACCCUUGGUUGUGCAAAUAAUUGUAAUUAAAUCAAAAGAUUUGUUUCUUGCAUCAAAAUAGUUUUAUAAAUCAAAAGCCAUACUUACUAACAAACUUCUUAUGUUUUGUAAAAAUCAGUACCUUAGGUAUUGUAAGCUACAGUUUGCAGUGAGUUAAUAUUAUGUUGUUUGUUUUUUUUUACUGUGAUAAAUUGUGUUAUAGAGAGUGAUAUAUUUAGAUUUGUGUACAAAAAUAUAGAUUUUCUUUUCAUAGA